AUGAACCGUUUAAUCAUCUUCACCGCAUUGUUGGUCGCCGUCGCCGUAGCCGCGCCCGUUCCCGACGAGAAGGCCGAAACCGAAGAUCUGCCCAAAUACGUUGGCGGCCCCAUCGCCAAGAUCUACAAGGAGUUGAGCGACGAGCAAAAGAAGCAGGUCGACAAGAUUCUGGAAGAAUCCGAGAAAGACAAGAAGAAGGACUUUUACAAGAAGAUCAACGCCUUCAACGACAAGUUGGACGCCAAGUUGAAGAAGGAGUUGGAUGAUGAUAAGAAGCAUUUCGAAGAGUUCAAGGACUCGAUCAAGGCCAAGUCCGCCAAGCUAGGCAAGGAAGGCAAGGCUUUGUACGAGGAGUUGAAGAAGAACUUUGAGAACGAAGAUCAGACCUUCGAAGCCGAGCAUAACAACUUGGUUAAGAUCAUCAAGGCCGCGCCAAAAGAAGCCAAAGAACAGUUCGAGAAGGCCGAGAUCCCACUGCCCAAAAUCGACGCCUAA